UGGGACGCCUGCGCACUAAGGCGCACUUCUUCCGCAUUGGGGCUCUCCCGGUGGUGACGUAGAGGAGGUGGUGUCCGGGUAGGUUUGUUGUGUUUGUCGGCAUUGAGCGGUCUCUCGGAGGAGCUUGUAGUAUACAUACACACACCUCCAUGGCGAUGAACUACAAGGAGGAGGACGGGAACCCUCACUCCGGUGUGGGCCCUGGACUGGCCGCUAAGAGUAAGAAGCCGGAUAAUACGGCCUUCAAACAGCAGCGCCUUCCGGCUUGGCAGCCUAUCCUCACCGCUGGUACCGUCCUGCCGGCUUUCUUCGUCAUCGGGAUUAUAUUCAUCCCCAUCGGGAUCGGGAUCUUCGUCACCUCCAACAACAUCCGGGAGUUCGAGAUUGACUACACUGGGAUAGAUUCCAACAGUGAUUGCCACAGAUGUGUUAAUGUUUCAUGGAACAAGUCAUGUAAUUGUACUAUGAAUUUUACUCUGGAAACGGCAUUCGAGAGCAAUGUGUUCAUGUAUUAUGGACUGUCUAACUUCUACCAGAACCACCGCCGAUAUGUUAAGUCAAGGGAUGACAGUCAGUUGAAUGGAGACAAAAACUCCCUGACGAAUCCAAGCAAAGAAUGUGAUCCUUAUCGUACCAAUAACAACUUGCCUAUUGCUCCUUGUGGUGCUAUCGCUAACAGUAUGUUCAAUGACAGUCUUCGCUUAUAUCGGAUCACAGAUGGAGUAGAGGAGCCUAUUCAAUUGACCAAGAAAGGGAUUGCUUGGUGGACUGAUAAAAAUGUAAAAUUCAAAAACCCAGCGGGAAAUACAACAGAUCUCGGUCCGAUCUUUAAAGAUACAACUAAGCCAAUUAAUUGGCAGAAAGCAGUGUAUGAAUUAAGUUCUGAUCUGGAAAACAAUGGAUUCGUCAAUGAAGAUUUUAUUGUAUGGAUGCGUACUGCAGCAUUACCAACAUUCAGAAAGCUUUAUGGUCUCAUAGAAAAGACUGAUUCUUCACAAGUAGCGUUGAAGCCUGGAAAUUACUCUCUUUUUAUUAUUUAUAAUUAUCCUGUUCUCAGCUUUGAUGGAAGAAAGAGAAUGAUUCUAAGCACAAUUUCUUGGAUGGGAGGAAAGAACCCAUUUUUAGGAAUUGCAUACAUGACUGUGGGCUCAAUCUGUUUUUUCUUAGGUGUUGUGCUUCUCAUCAUACACACCAAAUAUGGCAAUCGUAAUAACAGUGCCGAUAUUCCAAAUUAAUGGUUUGCAUGUGCAUCUAAGCUCUAAGUCUGCACUGCUUGUGUGCUAGCCUUCUGCUGUAGUAUUUCUAAUGCUAUUUAUUUUCUUAUGUGGGCUCAUUUUAAGGCCUUUUUAUUUGUUGUACCCAGGAAAAAGUUGAAAAACCUAUUUGUUGCCUCAUCCAUGUGCAAACUCUGUUUCCACUGAACUUCUUGCUGCUCAUCACAGCUGCAUAACAUGGUUGCCAAUGGGAUUUCUGAGCUGAUCCAGACUUCAUACAUGUAUGGCACUCAGUGGUGUCUGCUGAGAGGCAACGUGAUGCUGCCUUAGUCCAUUGCACUGAUAUGUGUUAGUCCAUUUUCUAAUGGGCUCUCCAUCUAAAUGCAGAGUUCAGAUUGCAAUUUACAUGCUGAGCGAGUAAGCAAGGCAUAACUUUAAAGGUCACUCUGUUUUUGAAAUAAAAUACUUUAUACCUACUGUCCAUUGCCCUUUCAUAGAUUUAUUACUCCAUUGCAAAACUUUUUUUUUUGUCAGACGCAUCCAUCACUUGUGUUUUGUGGUCCCUCCUGCUUGCCUCUACAUCAUUACCAUAUACAGUAGUGACACGGGGGCCAGUGGGAAGAACCACAGAGCAUAGCAGGAAAUGCAGCACACCCAUGUGUCAGUUUUUUCAUGUGAUUUUUGUUGUGCAACAGAGUAAAGAUUUUUUCAAAUGGUAACUGGACAGGAAAGUGUUUUUUUUUUUUUUUUUUUUUAAAGGAGUUUUUGUUUUUUAUUUCAGUGACAGUGGACACAGCAAUUCCUUUCUGUGCAGAUUGUGACCUCCAAGUUCAUUGUAGUGCAUUACAAUCCAGCUUAUUAUAUUAUAGACCUAAAAUGAUGCUGAUUGUUGUGUAUGUGCCAACGAGUACUACUGCUGUGGACAUUUAGUGGGCUCUGAACAUGAUUUAACAACUGAACCGGCUCAGAUCCUAUUUGUGCAGAUCUUGGAUUGCGCUGCAUGGGAAUUGUCUUAAAGCUGAAUUUUAGGUUUUUCCUUUUUCAGAAGAGAUGUAAUGUAGGGUUGCUUUACUAAAACUGGAGAGUGCAAUAUCUGGUGCAGCUCUGCAUAGAAACCAAUCUGCUUCCAGAUUUUUUGUCAACGCUUAAUUGAUCAAGCUCAAAGUGGUUGUAAAAGGUAAAUGUUUUUUUUACCUUAAUGCAUUCUCUGCAUUGAGGUAAAAAACCUUUUAGGUGCAGCUCCCCUUAAUACUCACCUGAUCUUGGUCCAGUGCUGUUCAUGUCUGCAGAAGCUCCCUUUCCCUAGCUCUAAUGGGCUUGGCUGAGAGAAGUGGGAGUCAAAACAUUUGAGCGCGGGGGGAGGCUCCAACCUGGCUGUGGGCCUGCAUAGACACAAACCGCUCAGCUAAGGAGCGAACUUGCCCGAAUGGAUGCCUAUGGACCGAAGGGAGGAGCAAAGAGAGCCAAGCAGGGGACUUGAGGAGUAUCUGGGCUGCUCUGUGUAAAACCAUUACACAGAGCAGGCAAGUAUGACAUUUUUAUUAUUUUAACGGCAACAAAAACAGGAGGCUUUACAAGCACUUCAGGUUAGAAGCUGAUUGGCUACCAUGAACAGCUGCACCAAAUUUUGCACUCCAGUUUUAGUAUAUAAACCCCAGGCUCUCUUCUUCAUCAAAGGAUUCAUAUCUUCCUCCUGGCAAACUGUUUACACUGCAUAUGGAACUGAGCUAGGCAUACACAGCUCAGUGUACAAUUCUAACUCGUUCCAGUGAGAUGAGAGCGCAUGGAUGCAUGAGAUUUAUGUCAUCCUAGCCUGGUUAUUCAAGAUGGCCUAAGAUCCAGAAUUCGGAAGAAGCUGGUGAGAAGAUGUUUGUACCGACAAGGGAGCUCACUGGAGAAGAGCGGAGUGUAGGUCCGCUUUAGAGCCUUUUCACACUGGGGUGCAGGCUGCGUUAGCGGUAAAGCGCCACUAGUUUUAGUAGCGCUGUGUGGGUGGGGUGCUUUUGACCCCAAAGAAGGGGUUAAAAUGCACCGCUGCCGAAACGCUUUGCAGGUGCUUCGGCAGCUCUGCCCAUUGAUUUCAAUGGCAGGGGCGGUUUAGGAGUGAUGUAUACACUGCCCCGCCUCCUAAGGCACUGCUUGCAGGGCUUUCGCACUGGGGAGGCUUGAGAGGCGCUUUACAGGUGCCAUUUUAAGCGCUAAAAACUAGUUGACUUGCAACCUCCUCCAGAAAGUGUCAUUGUUGCAAUUUAGCAUUCCUUUUUUUUUUUUUUCUGAAAACAUGUAAUGCAGAAAAAGUGCAGAGAUCUAAAAUAAGAUUGAAGUAGAGCGAGCCAAGUUUAGCAAGUCUUUAAUUUACAACAUAGAAGAAAAGGCAGAUGGUGAGUCUUGUACUUGUCUAAUACACUGGAUGGCAUUGGUAAAAUAAAGUGUGCUUGGUCCUAUACUAGCUCUGUCGUCUUUUGUCCACUGAUGUAUUUGCAAAGCCUGUUACAUAACACUUUUUUCACUGGAAAAUGAUAAUCAUUAACUAGUAAUAUGGUAUGCAUGUAUUUGUUUCUGCUACUGCCUACUAAUUGUUGCAGUGUGUAUGGUCACAGUACUAGUGAACGUCAUCAGCGCCUACUUGAGAUUUGUAGCACAAAACCACUUUACUUCCCACCACCAUCAUCGUCUUCCUCCUUGUAACCUCUAAAACAAUGUUCUGUAUGUUGGCUUCAAAAGCUUAUAGGGGACCAUGGAUUUCUGUAAAUAUUGAUGUAAUUUAUAUUGCAGCCCUUUGUAGAAAGUGUUUAUUAUUAGUUUUUUUUCCAAUCCUGCAUCCUCUGAUGUCUCUUCCAGUUUCGUACUGUUAAUUUGAACAUGUAUUUGCAGUUAGAGAGGCAAGGGAGAUGCGUGGGAGGCACCAACAGUUUUCACAUUCUCAUUUUAUGCUUGACCUGGCAUGUCCUAUCACAGCUCCUUUUGGCAUCUUUUUGGUGCCGUGGACUAUCAUAGUUUGGAAGUGUAGUCUUAUUCAGCUGAGGUAGGAAAAGGGAUGAGUGGUCUAAAAGUAAAUCAAUAAAAGCUGCCUUUAUGUGAGCUGGAAUACUUGAGAAGUGGCAGGAAGGCUAUAUUAAGAAUCUCCAAGACAACAUGAAGUAAAGCCUUUUGGAUACAUGGAAUGUUUUUUUUUUUUUGGUCAUACUUUUUUAGUGACCACACAGGAAAGCUCGAACAUCUUGCUGUGGGACAUUGCUGCCAUCUACUGGACAAAAGCCUCCUUGAAAUCGGCAGUGAUUACACACACAUGCACAUAUAUGUAUAGUAUGAAGAAUAAUUAGCUUGCUUGAUUCUAGAUGUGAAAUGUUGCUGCCUUUUUAGCUGUAUAUUGUGUACGUGGUGAAGGUUCCAAUAUUUGCAGUCUUAGUUUUUUUUUAAGUAUUUGAUUUAUGCCGUCUGUCACCCCCCCCCCCCCUUUUUUCUCUUCCAUUUAUUUCCCUAAAGUAUUGCAUCUAAAUAAAUUUUUCAAUAUUGAUUUUACUUCAGAACAGGCUUAAACAUAUUAUUCUCCCCCCUGUUCUGGUCUGAACAUGACCCACAGAAAAUAGUUUUCUGUGUCAUUGCAGUUACCUGUGUUUAUUCAUGCAGAAACACAAGUAGUUGAACAUAGUGUGAAUGGGUCCUUGUGUGCGCAUAAUAAUAGCAAUAUUGUUAUUGCUCUACGCGGACCAUGCUCUUGGCUUGUUACAAUGUCACAAACAAGCAACCACUUUCAAUAGUAUCUCGUGCUGUAUUUUAGAACUCGCUCCUUCAGCUGCUCAUCAAUGGUCAUAGCAAAAAUAACUUUAAACUGUCUAGCUUGACUUUCUUAUUGCAAACGUGCUACAUUGAAGAAAGUUCCAAAAAAAAAAGCAAAGAAACAGUAUUAUAUCUCCCAUAACGUUCUUUCAGGUAUGGAAUCCUAGGUGUAUAGUAACUUGCUGUAUGGCAAAAAAUAUUGUUUUUCAAAUGUAGCGAAAAAAGCAUUUGUUUAAAUAUUUUGUAAGCAAAGCCACUAGAUUGUCUGCAGGUUUUCUAUAACUGGUUGAACAAUUGUGUGGUUGUAUAGUUGCAGUUUAAGUGCUGUGAUUGUUUCCCUGUUGUAUCCAAGAUUUUACUUUGAUUUCAGUUAAUAAAUUCUCUUAAAU